CGGCCGGCCGACAUAUUUAUUCCCCUCCGCCGGUUCGUUACUUUACAUUUCGAUUUUCCCCCAGAAACUGGUAAAAUCUACAGCAAUGGCAGCAGCUGCAACCGUCGCCUCCUCGCUUCCUCCGAUUCCCGGUACUCGUUCCCGCAACUCGUCCUUCUUCUCUCCAACUUCCGUCGCAACCACCAGUAGCAGCACCUGCUCCACUUGCCGGAAAGUCGGGCUACGAAUGCCCUGCCGGGCGAUGGUACAGCAAGCCGUACAGGGAGCUCCUGCUGCUUACGCCAAGGAGAUGGAACGGCUUUCCGCCAAGGAAUCGCUGCUUCUUGCUUUCAAAGAUGCUGGGGGUUUUGAAGCUCUGGUCACCGGGAAGUUGACGGAAGUGCAGCAGAUUGAUGUGAAUGAAAGGAUUACUGGUCUUGAGCGUCUCAAUCCAACACCUCGGCCAACUACAUCACCUUACUUGGAAGGUCGGUGGAAUUUCGAGUGGUUUGGAGCUGGAAGCCCCGGAUUGUUUGCUGCCAGACUAUUGUUUCAGAGAUUUCCUUCUGAUUUGGCUAACUUAUCAAACAUGGAUGUGGUGAUUAAGGAGGGGAAAGCAAGGGUCACAGCGAAUAUGAAGCUGUUGUAUUCGAUAGAAAGCACGGUCACUCUCUCUUCACAGUUAACUGUGGAAGGUCCACUUAGAAUGAAAGAGGAAUAUGUUGAAGGGAUUCUCGAGACACCUAAAGUCAUCGAAGAAGCAGUACCAGAACAGCUAAAAGGAGUGCUUGGCCAGGCUAUCAGCACAGUGCAACAACUCCCUGUUCCCAUUAGGGAUCUUAUCGCCGGUGGCCUGAGAAUUCCACUAACUGGUACCUUUCAAAGACUCUUCUUGAUUUCAUAUCUCGACGAGGAGAUACUGAUAAUGAGGGAUGCAGCUGGAGUACCUGAAGUUCUUACCAGGCUCGAAGCACCUGCACUCGCUAUUCCAGAAGUCGUCUCAGAAUAUGAAAGCUAGUCUGUGAUGAACUGAAACUCACUUCCCCACUCUCGAAACUAAUCUCAUUUUUCUUAAUUUGUUCUUCUUGUCUGUAAUUAGUCAGGCUACGUGUUCCACGAUCUCGUUCUCUCGACCCCAUUAUGAGGCUAGAAUCAAAAAGAUCUUAGCAAUUUAUUGGAAUUGAACUCAGCGUCUUGAAAGAAGGGUUGAUAUCUUACUGCUCCAUAACCUUUUAAUCUUUGAUUACCACCAUAUUGUCCACAUUUUAUAAUCUAGAAUUAAAUAUUGAGAGGUCUACCAUAAACCCUGAGUUACGCAUAGCUCCAUCACUGAAUUUCUCUCUUAUUUUCUUGGCUGCUACUUUGGUUGCACUUCGUAGUGAAAGAGUAAGGAAAACCCCACAUUUUCAUUGUACAAUAAGUGUAUACAAUGAUGAACAAACCCUAUGCGAUUGAAGGCUAAAAUGUCAAAAAAAAAAAAAAAGAAAAAAAAAGAGUGGAGUGGACUGAUUCUCCAUCGAAUGUCCAGGAAGUAUUCCCUCCUAUCAGACCCCUAAAGUGAAACCUCGGUGAGGUGAAGUUUAAAGUAAAACUGUGGAAAAGGAAGGUGAGUGAGUGGUUUGGUGAGCACAUUUGCAAGCUUAUCGGUUGCGGGCAGAUAACGAAAAUGAAGCUUGUUUUUUUAACUCGAUCACGGACAAAAUGAAAUUCGAUUUUCAAAUGCUCUGGUUGUGAUUGAAAGACUGGGUUAUUGGAAGUUCUCGGAGUUCUCAGUUUUGGAGGUGGAUUUCGUGAUUGGAAGUUUAGGGUUUUCGAUAAAAUUUGAAACUUAGAGAGAAGGGAGAGGAUUUUUCGGCUAGAGAGAGAGAGGAAAAUGAAAAAUGAAGGUGAGUGAGAUGUGGAUGGCCAAGAAUUGGCAUUUAAAAGGGAAAGGGGUAGCGGCGGUGUCACAACAUUGGUGGCCGACGUGACUUCCUCUCGCGUUCUACUUUGGAUACCAUCAUUUUUGCGUUAGAACACUUACCUCGAUAGUAUGAAAAUUGGUUUUGUACUAUUUUUCACAUCUUGAAAUCCUUCCUUCUCGUAAUAAGAUUGAAGUUUUGCUCCAAAUAAAACACUUAUCCAAAGGAUACAAUGUUUUCCUCCAAUGAGUAACUCAAAACUUAAUGCCAAAAUACAAAUUUUGAAAUGAAAAUUUGAACUAAGAAAGAGAAAUCUGUGUUGUCUCCGUGGUAGCACUUUUAGUUAAUGUCAUUAAGUUUGAAGCCAAACAUGGGCUACCUCCCAUGGAGUGUUCUCUCUUUUGUGCCUUUGAGUUAGGCUUAGCUAGGUUCUCUUCUAGUUGAUAUCUUGUUUAGGUAUCACUUCACCUUCAUCUCCCCAUCUCGUUACUGGGAUAUGAUAGUAGUUGAAUCCAUUGGUUUGAUGUUGAUUGAUCAACUCCCGAUACUCCUUGUUUGCCUCAUAUUCCAGUUCCUCGAUCUUUUCAAGCAUCAUCUUUUUUCCCUUGUAUUGGCUAUCCUUAAUGCCAUGAGCUUCUUUGAGACCACAAAUUGGUAUAACCUUGUUCAAAUCCUCUCCAUACUUUGGCUCUAGAUCAUGGGAUGAACUAUUAUAUUUUCUAGAUUCUUAAGGUGAUAACCAAAUCAAAAUUUGACUUUAUC